AUGAGCAGCCGUAGUACAAGCAGAACUCUCUAUGUUGGGAAUCUGCCUGGUGAUAUACGCGAGAGAGAGGUUGAAGAUUUGUUUUUGAAGUAUGGACGCAUAGCCCAUAUUGACUUGAAGGUUCCCCCAAGGCCUCCUGGUUAUGCAUUUGUUGAGUUUGAAGAUGCUCGUGAUGCUGAAGAUGCACUUCGUGGUCGUGAUGGCUACGAUUUUGAUGGUCAUCGUUUACGGGUUGAACUUGCACAUGGAGGGCGUGGACAUUCAUCUUCGUCAGAUCGUCAUAGUAAUUAUAGUGGUGGUCGAGGUGGGCGUGGGAUGUCCAGGCGCUCAGAUUUUCGUGUGUUAGUCAGUGGACUACCCUCUUCUGCUUCAUGGCAAGAUCUUAAGGAUCACAUGCGACGGGCUGGAGAUGUCUGUUUCUCCCAAGUUUUUCGUGAUGGUAGUGGCACAACAGGGAUUGUGGAUUACACUAACUUUGACGACAUGAAGUAUGCGAUCAAAAAGCUUGAUGGCUCUGAGUUCCGGAAUGCCUUUUCUCGCUCUUCUGUUCGUGUGAGGGAGUAUGAUUCCAAGCGGGACUCAUCUAGGAGCCCUAGUCGUGGUAGAUCUCAUUCAAGAGGCAGGAGCUACAGUCGUAGUCGUAGUCGAAGUUAUAGCAGGAGCAGAAGCAGGAGCAAGUCUCCGAAAACCAAAUCUUCACGCCGCUCACCUGCUAGAUCUCGAUCAAGGUCUGCUUCUCCGCCUCGCUCGCGAUCAAGAUCUCGCUCUCCGUUAGGAUAUGGAUAUAUGCGGCGAACUGGGGAUUGGAUAUUAGGACUUGAUUGGAUAUGGUCAAUUGCUUACAACUCUUUUUCUGUGGAGAUUGGGAACAAUGGAGGUCUUGGAUUGCACUAG